AUGGAUGAUAAUAAUGCUGGGUAUAUCUACCAUGUACCCCGGCAAGGGGACUACCUGUUCAAGAAAGAACAACAAACUUACCCGAGUGAUGGGCUUACACCUAAUUUUGCUGCUUACACAAAACGUCCUGACAGUCUAUACAUAUACAACAGCAUUUCUCCAUUUAAAUUAAUUUCAUCUAUCUAUCUAUCUAUCUAUCUAUCUAUCUAUCUAUGUUCAUAUGGAGCUAUCUCACAUCAUUUCUAUCUAUCUAUCUAUCUAUCUAUCUAUCUAUCUAUCUAUCUAUCUAUCUAUCUGCACAUAUAUUAUUCUGACCUAACUAUAUCAGUUAACUUUUUUGUAUAUCUUUCUCUUUCUCUCCCACUUUCUCACUAUUCAUCUAUCUAUCUAUCUAUCUAUCUAUCUAUCUAUCUAUAUGCCGGUCUGUUUGUUCUAUAUACCUACAUAUAUAUUGUUCUGACCAAAUCUAUCUUACUAUAUAAGUUAAUUUCUAUGUAUCUCUCUCUCUCUCUCUCUCUCUCUCUCUCUCUCUCUCUCUCUCUCUGA